GAACGAAAAGAAAGACAGGAAAAAAAACGGUAGACGUGUGCGAGGUUGCAUUUGCUGACUCGGUGGGCAGAAGAAAAUUGCGUUUUUCGCAGCGAAAUCGGUUCCGUUUCCGGCGUAACUUGGUGUGACCGCGUACUUCCGGCCCCGGGCAGUGACGAGUGCGUGAAAUUCCGGUGAAAAACGGUGCGGAAAGGUACGAAAAGUGUCGCCAAAGUGCAGAAGGUUGCUCUCGUCUGUGCUGAAUUUCGGAGAGUCAGCGAAGUAAGUGUGAUUUGAACGAGUCGGAAGCCGGAACAACCUACGGAAGAAAACAGCCGGAAUAAUUCUUGCCUUAAAUCAGUGCUCGACAGUAACUAAAAGUGAGAUCCUCCUACGCCGGCUACGCCCCCACCAUACGCGCACAUGUAUGUACGAAUCUGGCCAGUUCCCGGAGGUCGGCCACUGCAGUGAUAUCUUGCGGUCAUCAAUAAAAUACGCCCGUGCGGUUUUAGGAAGAAGUUUUGAUAAACCACACACAGUGCCAGUGCCAGUGCUCGUCGUGGAAGCCAAGUCGAAAUCGUUCAAGUGAGUCGUGCUAAGUGAAGAAGUGAAGACUUCCCCCCGUGGUGUGUGUGUGUGUGCGCGCGCGUGUAAAAUGUUCAGCCCGGACUAUGAGAAACGGAUUCUGAAGCACUGCAGUCCGGUAGCGCGUAGUCUCUUCAACGGCGGCGAAUCCUCCUCGUCGCUGGACCGGUUCAUCCCGUGCCGAGCAAACAACAACUGGCAGACCAACUUUGCCUCGCUCAGCACCAAAUCGAACGAAAACUCGCCCCAGUCGAGCAAAAAGCAGCGCGACUGUGGGGAAACCGCCCGCGAUAGUGUCGCGUACAGUUGCCUGCUCAAGAAUGAGCUGCUCGGCACCGGCAUCGAGGACGUCAAAUCCGUCGCCGAGGACAAGAUCGGGCUGCUGUCCAACAGCAACCGGCCCGGCCUGUUCAAGUACCAGUCGCCGACGAAGCAGGACUACAACGAGCAGUGCCCGUACUCGCUGUCUCCGGUUAGCAUCAAGAGCCAAAAGUUGCUGCGCUCACCGCGCAAGGCCACACGCAAGAUCUCGAAGAUCCCGUUCAAGGUGCUGGACGCGCCCGAACUGCAGGACGAUUUCUACCUGAACCUGGUGGACUGGUCGGCGCAGAACGUGCUGGCGGUGGGGCUGGGCAGCUGCGUGUACCUGUGGAGUGCCUGCACCAGUCAGGUUACCCGGCUGUGCGAUCUCAGCUCGGACGCCAACACCGUCACGUCGGUCUCGUGGAGCGAACGGGGGCACCAGCUGGCCGUCGGAACGCACCAUGGCUAUGUCACCGUGUGGGACGUGGCCGCCAGUAAGCAGGUCAACAAGCUGCAGGGUCACUCGGCCCGCGUCGGAGCGCUAGCCUGGAACGGAGACGUCCUCUCGAGCGGGUCUCGGGAUCGCCUGAUUAUGCAGCGGGACACGCGCACCCCGGCCCAGGUCUCCGAGCGACGUCUCGUUGGCCACCGGCAGGAGGUGUGCGGCCUCAAGUGGUCCCCGGACAAUCAGUACCUGGCGAGCGGGGGCAACGACAACCGCCUGUACGUGUGGAACCAGCACUCGUCCAACCCGGUCCAGUCGUACUCGGAGCACAUGGCCGCGGUGAAAGCGAUCGCGUGGUCACCCCACCAUCACGGACUGCUCGCGAGCGGAGGCGGUACGGCAGAUCGUUGUAUUCGCUUCUGGAACACGCUCACCGGCCAGCCGAUGCAGUGCGUCGACACCGGAUCGCAGGUUUGUAAUUUGGCCUGGUCCAAGCACUCGUCCGAGCUGGUGUCCACCCACGGUUACUCCCAGAAUCAGAUCCUCGUGUGGAAGUACCCGUCGCUAACGCAGGUCGCCAAACUGACCGGCCACUCGUACCGAGUGUUGUACCUGGCACUGAGCCCCGACGGGGAAGCCAUCGUAACCGGGGCCGGGGACGAAACGUUACGCUUCUGGAACGUGUUCAGCAAAGCCCGCAGCCAAAAGGAGAACAAAAGCGUCCUCAAUCUGUUCACCAACAUUCGAUAGAUGUGCGCGCGCGUUCGCCACCAACGAUGCUUCCAAGUUACUAAUUUAUUACCAUCCCACACGCCCUUUUUACGUGCGCGCGCUCUAGUGUAUAUUUUUGUAGUUAUAUUAUUAUUUUUUUCUUUUAGAAGAAAUAGAAUCAGAAUUCAGAGUAGAGAUUUAUAUUUGUGCAGCAAUGAGAGCGGAUCGAGAGUGGUUUGAUAUUUUGAAUUGAUUUAAAACACACAAACACAGUUUUUGAAGCGGAAGAAAUUAUGCUUUCGACCGCACCAGCAAAAAAAAAAAGUCGUGAGUUUUAUAUUUUGCUAAUUGAAUAAAAAAAAAAGUUUGUUUUGAUUAGUUUUUAAGAAUUUGCUCGUUUCUCUUGCAAAACUGUGGCCGAACAAGAACUUGAACUGCUUCCCCAGUCAUCCAUCGUCACUGUGAUCGAUCGGGGGAACAGUUUGACCGGUUCGGCCGAAAGCAGGUUCGCAAUAUCCGAGUGGAUGCGGUACUGAUUUGUUUUCAAAACAAAAUAUAUAGAUAAUAUAAAUAUUUAAACGUAAGAUUCGAUUAAGUGCACACUAUGUUUAAUUAGCCCAAUAAUUCAAAAUUUUACACUUUCAUUAUUUCUCUUGCAUGAGGCUCGAAUUUGUUUCACCUGCGUGUACCUCACCUUGCCAGUAAACGAAUUCGCAAAGCCUCGUGAUCUCAGUCCUCGUAAAAUUUCCUUACUUCUUAUUUCUAAAUUAUACUUGCAUGCAGUUGAAGAAUUUUCCAACCGAUUUUUACUAGUUAAAUCCAACUAGGCAAACAUCGGACGCACAAUUCUUCUAUUGAUGUGUUUUAAAAAACUUAUUCGUACUGGUGUUAGUCAUAACUUUAUUUCCCACUUUGUAAAUAGUAUUGUUAGGUUUGCCCCUUCAGCGCAAUUGUUUGUGUCUUUUCCUUGCUCUUAAUAUAAAUUUGUAGCCACAGCCAGAGGUUGCUCGCACUAACAAUGUUUGUAUGCCUACUCGAAAAAAAAUGGGAUACCUUUACACGAAAACGUUCAAUUUAUUGUAAUUGUUUCGGAAGUGCAUGUGAGAAUACAUUAUAUGGAAAUCA